CGCCGCCUGCAGCUAAGUGAACCAAGCCUUCCACUAGUUCUCCAACUGCAACAACAAGCCUUGGACCCAAGGCGCACUUUGAACUUGGCUGCAUCCCGUCCGAUCCCUCCUCCUUUUUUGCGUUCCUCUUCUUCUCCAACUAUAUCGUCGCCUACUCCCGGUGACGCCAGGAGGCCCCUUUUUGAUUCGAGCUGCUGGACAACGUCAACCGCGACCCUUUUAUUCUGUUCUUGGCGCCGCCACUGCUGGCCACCAUCCGAUCGCCUUGGUCUCGAGUUCACGACCAUUCGCCCCAAGACGACCCGGCCACAACUGCGCCCAACCAACCCGCCCACCACAUCCCGAGCGCGAACUCGUGUACACUCCUGGCCGUCACCGCUACUGACUGUCUCACCUGGCCUCUGCUUCCCAUGACAGCUGUUUCAAUCCCGCCGCCUCGUAUCGCUUCCAACCGCUCGCGAGAAGUCGAAUCGCCUGGGACAAGCGGCGGCUGAAAGGCUCCCUCGCGCUGCAGGAACACUUGAUCAAGAAGAGCUUAGGAUUUGGGAUCUAGAUCCGAGGCCUUGCUGAGUGUCGGUCCAGUUCAGCAGAAGUUCAGGUGAAGGCGAGGGCGAGACAGCCAACGACUACCCACGACCUAUUGCGCUGUCGGGAUAUACGGAAACCCGAUCUCGAAUCCCGCCGACCACAACUCGAGCAGGCGCCGCAAGGCAGGACAGGGCUCAUGGUUGAGCCUGGUGGCCAAGUCACCAAAGAUGAAUUUGACAUAUUGCAACACGACGGUGGAGGACAUGGAGAUCUCUGAGAUCCCCAUGGCCGGCCCCUUCACCUUCCAUGAGUUGGCCCUCAUAGUCUCUGCCGCAACCGCACUUCUCUCCAUGUUCAUCAGCUUCUAUCUGAUAUGGAUGCACGCCUUGAACUACACAAAACCUGAUGAGCAGAAGUACAUCAUCCGCAUCCUCCUCAUGAUUCCCAUCUAUGCAGCCUCUGCUUUCCUCCAGCUGAGAUACUACCACCAGGCCGUCUACUUUGCUGUGAUCUCAGACUGCUACGAGGCAUUCGCCAUCUCAUCCUUCUUCGCAUUGCUGUGCCAGUACACCGCGGCCGACCUUCACUCACAGAAGCAAUUCUUCAGAGAACUGCACCCCGUCAAGGAUUGGGUAUGGCCCAUCAAUUGGUUCAAGAAGUGUUGCGGCGGCGACAGGGGCCCAUGGCGCACCCCAGUCAGCGGCCUCACCUGGUUCAACAUCAUCUGGGUCGGCAUUUACCAUUACUGCUUCAUCCGUGUUGCCAUGACCAUCACGGCCGUUGUCAGUAACAAGUACGACCGCUACUGCGAAAGUUCCAACAGUCCUUACUUCGCGCACAUCUGGUGUGCCAGUAUCAACUGUGUUGCCGUCACCAUCGCCAUGUACUGUGUCAUCCAGUUCUACGUGCAGCUCAAGAAUGAACUUUCUUCUCACAAGCCCUUCCUCAAGGUCUUGGCUAUCAAGGGUGUCAUUUUCCUCAGCUUCUGGCAGACGAUGGCCAUAUCUGUCGGAACUGGCGAGUUUGACAUCAUCUCACCCACCGCAACACUUGCUUAUCCUGACAUAGCGGUCGGCAUACCCUCCUUACUGCUGUGCAUCGAGAUGCUGCUGUUUUCUAUCAUGCACAUCUGGGCGUACCCCUGGCGGCCAUACCGACCGGACGCGCCUCCGAUCUUCUAUCCCCUGCCGAACAAAGAAUCGACUGCACCACCUCAGGAGAACAUACAUGUCCCGCCUGCUGGAGGCUCUAUUGGCUUGAAGGCCCUCUGGGACGCCCUGAACCUGUGGGAUGUCAUCAAAGCGUUUGGUCGCGGUAUGCGUUGGCUUUUUGUCGGGGCCAAGAGGCGUCGCGAGGAUGCCAGCUACCGCCAGAAAGGAGACAUAAACAUGGAUGGUAAGGACGCAUCAUAUCCUUUACAACCAUACAAUCGGGUGCCUGGGGGCAAGAGCACCGACCACUUGCCCAUUGCGACCGAGUUUCGGCGAAGCACUUUUGGUAUGAACCAACACACAGGCGGGCAAAAGGCUGUCAGUCCGAUCCCGGAGGAGGAUCACGAGGAGGGGGCGGGCUUGAUCGCUAAUGCCCAGGCGGAUCCGUCGAGUACUACUCCCCUCGACCCGUAUGACAUUUAUAAAGAAGACCAACCUUAUGAAGCCGAUCUAGGACAUCGAGGAGCUGCGCGGUUUCAGCCCGAAUCCUACCAGUCGCAAACCGACACCUUUCACGACCGACGACCACCUGUCCAAAGUCAUGCGCUUUCGACAGAUGGGUAUUAUGAAGUACCAAACACGACAAAUCACCCCAUCAGCCCGGAUGAGCCACAUGGUUCGCGGCAGGGGCCGAACAGCACACAACAAGUUGUCGGUGCUGCGUUAUGGGGUGCCAACCCCCAUCAGCAUCCCAAUGGACCGAUGAUAUAAGGCGGGACCUUUGGUUUUUUUCAGCGGUGGCAUACAUUUGGCACAUGCAUUUGGCGUUGGGAAUUCAUUUCGCUCAAGCUGGCACAGCACAAGUAAAAGGCAAAAGGCAGAGGAGAAAGAGAUUUGCAUGUUCGGCGGUGAAAUUCUGGCCAUCGGUCUCAUCUCGGCUAUGAAAGGUGGCGCUGCCAUAUUUUUGAGCAAGCAAAAGAAAGGCACACAGGCAUUUUUUCCAAGGGUUUCAGCGAUACCCCUUCCGUAUGUUCGUACUAUUACCAUGUCAUUUGGCUACAUUUUAUCGCGGCAACUUCGCCUCGUGCGAAACAACGAGAAAGCCGACUGGAUGACCAGAAUAUAUUUUACAUGAUUGCAGAUGAACGUUUUUCAAGGGUCAAUUCCGAGUGUCUGUCUCGGCUCUGCCCGAACUGGGACGCUCAUACAAGCGAAGGUAGGGACGACCACGUGGGGAGGCCAAGCAAUCAGGCCGCGCGUUUCUCAUUGCCCAAAUGCUCCCCCGGCUCACUCACACAAGCAACCCGAGCCGAGCAACUGAAGCGAGACAGCGUCGCAGAAUGCGGGUUAUCCGGGCAACCCAGUUAUGCACUGAAAAAAACAAAUAGAUGCAUGGUCAGACAAAGUCAAACA